AUACAUCCCUCUACUCGAGUACCGGUACCACAUACAGUGUCAUCAUCUACGCGAUCACCUCAAAUUCAGAUCCAACUGUGGGAAAAGACUUACAGAGAAAAGCCGAGAAGUAGCCUUGGCGGACCCCCCUUGGCGGACCCCGCUUCAGUUGCCGUCCCUCCGCCAAGGUCUUCGUCGCAACUUUGUCAGAACCUCCCUACCGGUAUUGCAAUGCGCAAACCCCUAAAACUUGUGAGCAUCGCGAAUAUCCCCCCCUGUCUUCCAAAAAAUUCAUUGUGCAUUUGUCUCUAACACACUAGUCAUAUUACAGUUAUUCCUCCAUGGCUAUACCCAAUCUGGCCCCCUCUUCUCCGCCAAAACCAAAGCCCUCGAAAAGGUCCUUCUUAAAUCUCUCCCUCCCCAGUCCGCCCUCUACUACCCGACCGCUCCUCACCCACUCUCCCUCUCCGACCUCCCGGGAAACCCAUCCCCCGAUGCUCCCACCCCGAUCGAAAACUACGCCUGGUGGCGCCGUAACGAUGCAACUGGGGAAUACGUCGGCAUAGACGAGACCUGGACGUUCCUCUCAAACUACCUAGAUACCAACGGUCCGUUCGAUGGGGUGAUAGGAUUUUCCCAGGGGGCGGCUCUGGCAGCAAUGCUGCUCUCACUGCUGGAGCGGAACCCGAAUAGGAAGAAGCCAGAGAGUUUCACGGCGACCCAUCCACCGUUCAAUUUCGGUGUGUGUUACUCUGGCUUCAGGGCCACAGAGAAUUUCGACUACUUUUACGAGCCAAAAAUCGAGACACCAGUGUUGCAUGUUUUGGGGUCAUUAGAUACGGUCGUUGACGAGGAGAGGAGCUUGAAGCUUUCGAGGGCUUGUGUGGGCGGGGAUGAGAGGAGGGUAUAUCAUCCUGGUGGCCAUUAUUUGCCUGCCGGGAAGCAGUAUGCGAAUAUGCUCUUGGGGUAUAUUCUUGAGCAUACGAAGGCACCUGGUGAGGAGAAAAUGGGAGUAAGUGUGGACGAUAUGGAUAUCCCUUUCUAGACCUAGAGCCGGAUUCUUAGGCGGGCGGGCUGAUGAGGUAGAGAUAGAAUGAGAAUUAAAAGAUAGAGAGCGGUCCUUUGGAGUUGCUCGAUGGUUUGGCACCUUAUAGACACCGUUUUUUCGUUAUAAAAAAACAUUCAAAAGGGAAUACAAAUGGUCACAGUAGUCGAGGAGAGGAUUGGUGAUUAUACGACCCUAACUAAACCGACACUCUAAGUUACUUGAAGACGGCCCACAAUUGAAACUCACAGAUGGAAGAGGAGG